AUGUCUUCCGAUCGCCCCAACGAGACCAAUGCGGGAGACCCCAAAAUCUCAGUAUUCUAUUGGUCUCUUCCCGAACACCCCUCUGCCAAAGAAUUGUCAUUAAAUCAAACAAGAUGGCAUGGGACCGAUCAAAGUGGUAGAGAAGGACUCGAUCAAUCUAUUCGGAAAAGUACGAAUUUCGAAGCUGCUUAUCGUUUAGUCGAUUUAUAUGACGACACGAUGAGAGCUUCACAAGCUUCAAAACUGAGGUUGAAGAAAGAUAUCAGAGAAAGCGUAACGGCAUUUUUCCCUAGUUGGAUUGAACCUAAACCUGGAUAUACUUAUCGACAUAUCAGUGAUGGAACACUGGUAAGAAAUGGAACAUAUAGACAGAAAGAGGUGAGACCUACUACGGUCAGAGAUAUUCAAAGGAUCAAUAAGAUCUUUGAAGAGAAUAAGGAUUUGAAUGGAAUUUUGAUAUUCGGUACCACACACGACCCUGAAGAUAAAGAGAAAUAUCUUUCAUCUUCUAUCGUGAAUUCAAUGAAAAAUUGGUGGUCAGGAGGUGAUACUGCUCAGCGAGAUGAAAGUGGAAGUGGACGUGACAGUGCAAUUACUGAUAUUAGAAUGCUUGUGUCAUCUUCACCUUCUUCAAACACAUAUACGCAAAAGAGGGAUAGAUUGCUUGAAUUUUUGGAUCAUUAUAAGAUUGAUAAUGAGCUUAGCUAUACCCGAGCUCAGGAGGCUUCAAGUGAACAUGCUGAAUACGGAUGUGAGGUAAUGAAGGUUUGGGAGGAUAGUCUGAAUGGUUUCCAAGCUUUAGAAUCUGUAGAUGUCACUUUAUCGGAAGUUGAACAAGGCGAAAAUAAACGGAUGGAGAUCAGGAGAACAAAGAAUGGGAGUUCGUUUGCUAGUCAAUGA